AUGCCGUUGUACGCUUUCUUGUUAAUUGGGGUUGUUGUUGGAACGUAUGGCUUUCUGCGGGUACUCAUCUGGGUCACACAAGACUCCAAUGAGCCGUCUGUGCUUGUAGAAGGAAUUCCAUUCAUCAGUCCAUUGAUCUGUAUGAUGACGGAGAAGCAGAACAUGUUUACGCGAAUCUGGCAAGAACACCGUCGCCCAGUAUAUACUCUACGACUCCUUGGGAAGCGUUUCUACGUCGUGAACUCUCUUUCGCUCUACCAGAUAAUUCAGCACAAUACCGACAUCAUCUCUUGGGAUCCUAUCAAAGCCCAUAUAGCAGAUAAGAUUAUGGGACGCCGUGUAAGCACCGUAGGGAACAGAGUAGUGAAAGACUUUGGUAGUCCAGCGGAGGGCGGUACCGUUUGGGGGCUAAGAAAGACCAUCUAUCCUCUUAUAUUUCAAGGUCGUCCCCAGCUUGACGAGCUUAAUAGGACGGCCUUUCAUGCUAUGGCGGCAGGCGUGGAGGACUUGGCGGCCAAAGGGCGCACCACUAUAGGAAUGUACGCCUGGCUCAGUCACCAGCUUUUCGUUGCGUCGCUCGGUGCAGUUUACGGACCGAAGAACCCGCUUCUCAGACCUAAGAACGAGCGUGCUUGGGGUGUAUUUGAACAGGGAAUAGUCAUUCUUAUGGCAAAUAUCCUCCCGCAGAUUUCUGCCCGGAAGAUAAUCCGUACCCGUGAGAUGCUUGUUAAAGAACUGGAAGAAUACCUCCGGGAUGGUGGCCAGCAAGAAGCAUCUUCCUUCGCCCAAGCUAUCUUGAAUCACUUCUCCCAACAGGGACUCGGCCCUUCAGAUCUCGCUCGGGGUGAGCUUGGAAAUAUCGCUGGUAUAGUCACAUCCACAAUGCGCUCCGUCUUCUGGCUACUUUACCACGUCGUCUCGGAUUCAAGGCUCCUCGCCCUUUGCCGCACCGAGGUUGCCCAACUGGCCCGGAAUGACAGCAAACCCGAAGAAAUUGACUUUGCACACAUCUCUACCAAGUGUCCAGUUCUUCUCGCCGCGUGGCACGAGGUUCAGCGUGCUCAUGCCGACCCAAUCUUCUCGCGUGUGGUCAUGCAAGACUUCCUCCUCGAUGGGCGCUAUCUACUCAAAAAAGGCGCAUCGGUCUUGAUACCGGCUGGUGUGAUUCACCAAGACAGCGGAAUUUGGGGGUCAACGUCGUUGGAAUUCGACCACGAGCGCUUCCUUGUGGAUGGAAAAAUAAAGCAGCGUUCUAGUGCUGUAUUGACGUUCGGGGCGGGAGCGGGCAUGUGCCCCGGGCGGCACUUCGUCAGCGUGGAGAUCUUACAGCUGGUAGCUAUGCUGAUCAUGCGGUUUGACAUCCAGCCUACGGAGGGCGGAAAAUGGACAAUGCCUGACAAGCAUCUGAUAUUGAACGUGGCAUUUCCGACGCCAAGUCCUGAUGUCGAGGUAGAGGUGCUGCCGAGGGCCGACCCGGUAUGGCAAUUCACGUUCACGAAGAGUCAGUGA